AGAGCUUACAGAGGUUUGGCUCAUGUCCUGAACGAUGUUUUUUUUCUCUGCUCCCUCUGUCCUUUAAAGCUGCGUUGCCUCCGCAGAUUUUACCUCUCGGCCAAACCCACCGGACACGCUGCUGGCUGUCGAGUGAAAGACGCUUCAUCUGUUCGCUUUUUGGAAAGAGGUCCCAAGAGCUAUCUCACCUCCACCAUGACUGACCGCUUCGACUGCUACUACUGCCGCGACAACCUGCACGGGAAGAAGUAUGUGAAGAAGGAUGAAAAACACGUGUGCACCAAGUGCUUCGAUAAGCUCUGUGCCAACACCUGCGCCGAGUGCAGACGCCCCAUUGGUGCCGAUUCCAAGGAGCUGCACCAUAAGAACCGCUACUGGCAUGAGGACUGCUUCCGCUGUGCCAAGUGCUACAAGCCGCUGGCCAGCGAGCCCUUCAGCGCACGGGAUGAUGGCAAGAUAAUGUGCGGCAAGUGUGGCUCCCGGGAGGAUGGCAACCGGUGCCAGGGCUGCUAUAAGGUGGUCAUGCCAGGUGCCCAGAACGUGGAGUACAAGAACAAGGUGUGGCAUGAGGAAUGCUUCACCUGCUUUGAAUGUAAGCAGCCAAUCCGCACGCAGAGUUUCCUGACCAAGGGCGAUGACAUCUACUGUGCUCCCUGCCAUGAUAAGAAGUUUGCCAAGAAAUGCUUCCACUGCAAGCAGCCCAUCACCUCUGGAGGGAUCAGCUACCAGGACCAGCCCUGGCACUCCGAGUGUUUUGUGUGCAGCACCUGCCGCAAACCUCUGGCACAAACUCGCUUCACUUCCCAUGAGAACCACGUUUACUGCGUGGACUGCUACAAGACUGAUGUAGCCAAGAAGUGCCAUGGGUGCAAGAACCCCAUCACAGGGUUUGGCCAUGGCACCAAUGUGGUGAACUAUGAGGGCUACUCCUGGCACGAGUACUGCUUCAACUGCAAGAAGUGCAGCCUCUCCCUGGCCAACAAGCGCUUUGUCAUCAGUGGAGAUCACAUCUACUGCCCCGACUGCGCUAAGAAGCUGUGAACUGCACAGUCAGCUGUGCAGAUUAUCACUGUUUAAAGUGGAAAUUACACCAAAACUGACUUUUAGACUGUUACUGUGCAAAGAAAGAGCAUGUUUUCUCAUAGAAUUCCCCUUUUGGGAUUUUUCGAGUGUGAAUUUAAGAUCUCAUAAAUGACAGAAACUUUACUCUGCUUCUGAAUUUGCAUAAAAUUGUCAUAACAGUCAAUUUUGGUGAACCUUCUCUUUACGAAGCUGGCAUUUCAACUAAAUAUGCACUAGCUUGAAUCAUUUAUCUACAUAUACAUUACUGCAACUUGUUUUAGCGUCAGGGGUUGGAUACUAACAUGGCAACAGAAUGUUUUUUGUGGGAUUGAGAUGAGAUAUGCGCUGUUAGUCUAAUCUAAUCCAGGAUUCUGUGCAGCUUUAUGAGACACAAAGCCUUUUCAGUGCCUUACUGGAAUCUUUCAGAAAGAAUAAAAUGCUUUUUAAAUGCAUACUGCUGCUCAUACAUACCAGCUUUGAUUAAUAGUCUGUUCGGUCUCUGAAUGCUUGAAUGGAUUAUGAGAAUUUUCAAAAAAGUUAAGAGAGUGAAUUUAAAAUACAAAUUAGGUUUUUGAGAUUGAUGCUGAAAUAUGUAUUCUCAUGUACUCAAGACUUUAUGAGUGAACAAGAAUAAAAGAGGAAGCGAUAUGAA